CUCGCGCGGCCCAAGCCUCGUUCCUUCUCUCCGUCGGUGUCUACGUGUUUCUCGCUCUGGCUCGAGUACGCAUCCCGUAGCGGAUAGGAGAGAGAGAAAGGAAAAAGAGAGAGCAAGGGAGACCGUAGGAGCGCAGCAGCAGCAGCAAGCAGCAGCGGCAGCGGCAGCAUCGUUGCCACGAGACGAGAGGGAGCCGUGUGUGUGGCCAGUGCGCGAGAAGAAGCCGCGGUGUGUGUUCACCGAUCUUGUCCUUCUGUCUCGUCUCGUCCCGUUUCUUCGCGGCUUGCCUAGCCUCGCGUCUCGUCUCGUAUCGUGCCUUGGUGUUUUUCUCCAACUCUCUCGGGCUCGUACGGAGAGUCGAGCGACAACCGUGUGCUGCUGGGUGCCGCCUUUCGUUCCAUCGACUACGGAAACCAAUCGGCCGCGAAUCCGUGCACCAUUCGCUCGCCACCCAGGAUCCUUAGCCUCGCGAGUUUCUUGUUACGUUCUUUACACGUUACGUUCACGCGUCAACAUCCAUUACAUUUCUAGCUACGUACGCGUGGUAAACCGUGACUCGAGCAGAUGUGUUUACGUGUUUGUUGUGACGUUUUGUGACCAGUGGCAAAGAAGCAGUGACGAAAAAAAAAGAAAAGAAACAGGGAGGAAAAGAGCCUGUAUAUUUUUGCGGGAAAACAGAGAAAGGAAUCCGGGUGCCUUUUCUUUCUCUCUUUGAGUUUUCUUCUCCCGAGGUCAGUGAAAAAAAAGCAAAAUUAGUGGGGAAACUACGACCGAAGGGUGUAUAGUACCUAAUCGAGGUUCCCUUCGCGUAUCGUGGUCCGAUGAGUUUGUGCACGACGUGCCGCGUACGCGAACACUGGAGCUAGGCCUAAAGAAGAGGGAAGUUCGAGAGAGAUAUAUUGAGAGGAGGCUCGCGGUGCAGGGUACAGGUGAAACGGAAGUGCCGAAAGUGUGGAUACCUUGGACUACGAGCCGCCCCCGGUGCUGCCACCGCGGCGCCCGCCCUGGCCGUCCAACAGCCCGAGCAGCAGCACCGCCUCGAGGUACAGCGGCCAGCAGCGCGCCGUCACCGCCGCCACCACGUCCUCGCUGACAGCGACGGCGGCUACGACGACUACCACGUCGACGACGCUUAGACCGGCGUUCCGAGGCUCAACGACCUCCUCGUCUGCGCGAGUGUCGCCGCAGCCGCCACCCUUGACGCCGCCCCAGUAUCCUGCGCCCCCACGGCCCCCUAGUCGAAACGGUGGGGAUGAAGCGCGUGUCGCGAGGGCGAGAGGAAGCGGACGCGGAGCAUUACCGAGCACCAUCCUCGCUAAUGGAACGCCCUUGCCGAGAGUGCCACCACCUCGCGCGGGCUGGGCAGUGCGGAUCAACGAGGCGACACUCACUACGCAAACUCAGUCAACUAAUCGUCAACAACAACAACAGCAGCAACAACAACAACAUCAUCAGCAGCAGCAUACGUCGAGUAGUCCAGGUACACCGAGAGCCGUCGAACAAUGGGCUAGCGAGCGGGCAGCAUCGUCGUCGUCGGCUUUGUCGGUUCGUGGUACCACGUCACCAUCAUCACCAGAAGCAACAGCAAGAAGAUCGGGAACAGGAUCAUCAUCAUCAUCACCAGGAAGGGAGCAACAGCAGUACUCGUCGUCGAGUCGAAUCGGAGGUGGAAGAGGAGCAGGAGGAGGAGAAGUCGCAGAGGUCACCAAUAGUGGUAUCCAUUUCCCGGAUCAUUGGCAGGAGGAGGAAGAGCUGGAGGCGAAGAAGAAGGAGGAGCACCGGAAGCAUCGCGUGGACGCAGUGGUGCGUUACCAAGCCGAGCAUCUUGGACUGAGAUCCGGUCGGCCGAUGUCGCAGAACAAUGCGAUACCGCCGCUCUCGCGGCCACCUUCCUCGCAAUCUACAACCGUUGAUCACGCAGCCGUUCCCAGCCUCGACGUCAACACCGCUGACGACGAAGACGCGCAUUCCUCUCCCGUACGCCCCGUCCAGAUCGUUCACCCUAUCCGUCGGCACGAUCACAAUCGGCCGUUUCCACCCCCACGAGUACCGGCCACGCACCUCGCGACGGGACCGCCGACACUACCCUUGACAACCACCAACAGCAUCAUCUCCACGUCACUCGUCACGACAACAACAGCACCCACGACCCCUCCUCCGUCGAACCCCAGAGUCCUGGUCACCGCGCCUCUCAGCCCGUUGUCGAGCACCUUCCGCAGCAGGCCACGUAACGUGGACACGUCGAACGAGACACAGAGCCCCAGGCCGUUGUUGUCCACCGCCGAUACUCCACCGAGAAGUCCGAUCGGCGAGGUCAGCCUGACCGUGCCCCGACCGGACGGCGAAAGGACCAUCAACGAGUACGUCGAGGCGCCGUUCAAGAACUGUUGCCUGAACCAGGACCAACGACGUGUCGACGAUGAGAAACGUACCGCGGUCGAUUGCCCGAAGAUCGAGAGGAGGCAUCAACGGCAAAAGUGUCUGUCGGACGCGUCACAGGUCGCCGCCACCCAUCACAGGCUACACGCGACUAGAAUAUCGCGUCAGCAGGCGUUUCGGGGUGGAUCGAACACGGUUGGCGCGAACCCGGUUGCGUCGUCCACCGCGAACACCACGACGGUGAACAGUACCGUGACCAAGCAGCCGGUCUCGUUCACCAAAGAGCCGGCGAACAGCCUCGCCUCGAGGACCUAUGAUCCUGCUGGUCUCUCGAUAAUGUGCAAUUUUUGCGGCCGAUGUCGGUGCGAAUCGUGCCGGGAACCGCCGCCGUUGCCCAGCAAGUGGUUGUGCGACAACAAGUGCUUCUGCUCCGCGGACACGAUACUCGAUUACGCGUCUUGUCUCUGUUGCGUGAAAGGACUGUUCUAUCAUUGCGUGGACGGCAGCGGAACGGGAGGGAUGGACGGCGAGACGGCCGGGAACUGCGCGGACGAGCCGUGCUCGUGCACGGGGAACAGAACGGUGUCCAGAUGGGCCUGUCUAGGAGCACUGACUCUGGUGAUGCCGUGUCUGCUUUGUUACUGGCCGUUCAAGGGCUGCGUCGCCCUCUGUGAGAUCUGCUACGCACGUCACGCCGCCCAGGGUUGCAGGUGCAAUCCCGGAACGUUGGGGAGCUCUGGGUCCUCCGGUAGGCAUCAUCCGGUCGCGAACGACAUUGGGGACUCGAGGGACCCGGAGAAGAGGUUGCUCGACCCGGUCACCCCGGAACUUUAACCCCCCUGCGGGUUGUGU